UUCAUUCCAUAAGGGGGGAGGGGGAACGCACACACGCACAUACGCACACACACAAACUGACAGUCGCCAAAUUCACGAGCUCCUCUCUGCGCUUACGCGUGAUCAGGUGCGAACCCCGCUGCUGUCAGUGGAGAGCUCCUCGUCGUCAUCCGCAUCCUCGUGCCCGUCCGCCGGAGAUGAGUCGUCCGCUCCGCGCUCCCCGGAUCCGCUGCCGCGAGGGCGUCGCAUCCUCCCGCCUCGACGCGCCGGAACCUCUGAGUCGUGUGUGAAGAAUAUUAACCAAGGCAGGAGGACAGCGCGAGAAGCGGAGCUGCGCUCUUCCUGCUCGGACAGACGCUCGCGGGAUGCGCCUCUUUUCCUGACCGUUGCAAUGGGAGAUGCGGGAACUGGACGUCGCGGGGGUGCGAGCGAGUGCUUGCGCGUGAUUCGCCGCCGGGGAGCGUCCAACGCGUCCGAGCCCCGCCAAGGAGCCGCCGAUUCUCCGCUGUCACGCACCCCGCUCGCCUCCUAAUUGGUUUUCUGGCCGCGCCAGAGCGCGCGCUCCCCUCCGUCCUCCUCCAUCACUGUGAACGCGCCGCUCGCUCGCUCGCUCGCUCGCGCGCGCCUCCUCCUCCUCCUCCUCCUUCUUCUCUUCCUCCUCCUCCCCGCCACAGUUCCGAAGCACCGCGCGACAGCGGCGUCGGCCGACAUGAGGGACAGUUGAUGUUUAUCGUUUACAGGACAUUUUUGUAUUAUUUAUAAACAAAAUAAACAAACCGAAUUAAUGCUUGUAUUUUUCCGCGCAACUGUGAGAAGCGCGGUUUUCUCUCCGUCGCCUGAGGAGGAAGGAGCUGCUGCCGCCACCGAGCUGGAUAUGUUGACAUCAACGUAAAGAUGGAUGUAGUUUUCUCUUCUAUCUUGUGUCUGCUUGCUGUGCUCCUGGAGGACGUUUAUUGCCAAGGAGUGUACGCUCCUCCUACAGUCCGCAUUGUGCACUCGGGCCAUGCGUGCAACAUCGAGGAAGAGCGCUACACGGAGCGGGUGUACACUAUCCGUGAAGGAGAAACCCUUGAGCUGGCCUGCCUGGUCACUGGCCACCCGCGACCACAAAUACGAUGGACCAAGACGGCGGGCAGUGCCUCGGACCGUUUCCAAGACUCCAGCGUGUUCAACGAGACGCUGCGCAUUGCCAAGAUCCAGCGGCACCAGGGCGGCCGCUACUACUGCAAGGCUGAGAACGGCUUGGGCUCGCCCGCUAUCAAGUCUAUCCGCGUCGAUGUCUACUACCUCGACGAUCCGGUGGUGACUGUGCAUCAGAGCAUCGGCGAGGCCAAGGAGCAGUUCUACUAUGAGAGGACAGUGUUCCUGCGGUGUGUGGCCAACUCCAACCCACCGGUGCGCUACAGCUGGCGGCGGGGCCGCGAGGUCCUUUCCCAGGGCUCUGACAAGGGUGUGGAAAUCUAUGAGCCUUUCUUCACACAGGGAGAGACUAAGAUCCUGAAGCUCAAGAAUCUACGGCCACAGGACUAUGCCAACUACAGCUGCAUUGCCUCUGUUCGCAAUGUAUGUGGAAUCCCGGACAAGAAUGUGCUCUUCAGGCUCACCAACAGAACAGCAUCACCCACCAUUAAACUCCUUGUGGAGGACCCCAUCGUUGUGAACCCUGGGCAGACGGUGACCCUGGUGUGUAUCACUUCUGGCGGGGAACCCAUACCAACAUUAACAUGGGUGCGAAACACGGAGCCCCUGCCUGACAAGAGCGUGCUCAACGGUGGGACGCUGACCCUACCAGCCAUCACGUCAGAUGAUGCUGGUGUCUACAGCUGUGUGGCCAACAAUAAUGUGGGCAAUCCUGCUAAGAAGUCCACCACCAUUGUGGUCAGAGCAUUGAAGAAGGGCCGUUUCUGGAUCACCCCAGACCCCUAUCACAAUGAUGACAACAUUCAGAUUGGGCGGGAGGUGAAGAUAUCUUGUCAAGUGGAGGCCACGCCUCCUGAGGAGCUGACAUUCAGCUGGCUGAAGAAUGGACGAGCGCUGCGCAGCUCUGAGCGCAUGGUCAUCACACAGACGGAUCCUGACAUCUCCCCUGGCACAACCAACCUGGACAUCAUCGACCUCAAGUUUACUGAUUUUGGAACCUACACCUGUAUGGCCUCGCUGAAGGGUGGGGGUAUCCCUGAGAUCAGCAUUGACGUCAACAUCUCGUCGACCACUGUUCCCCCAAACCUGACAGUGCCGCGCGGGAAGUCACCCCUGGUGACCCAGGAGGGCGAUACAGUGGAGCUCCAGUGCCUUGUUUCAGGGAAGCCCAAGCCCAUCAUCCUGUGGUCGCGGGCUGACAAGGAGGUGCCAAUGCCUGAUGGUGCCAUGCAGACUGAAAGCUAUGACGGUGUCCUGCGCAUCGUCAAUGUCUCCCGUGAGAUGACGGGCUCCUACCGCUGCCAGACCAGCCAGUACAACGGCUUCAACGUCAAGCCACGGGAGGCCAUUGUAGAACUCAUCGUACAGUACCCUCCCACCGUGGAGCCGGUGUUCACGGAAAUCCGCCAGGGCCUGAGCCGCACCUUCUCCAUGAACUGCAGAGUGCUGCGGGCCCACCCACAUCGCGUGCUCAAGUACGAGUGGCGCUUGGGCAAUCGUCUCUUAAAUGCCGGACUGGUGGACUCCCGAGAUGAGAGCGAGUACACGGUGCGAAAUCUGAACCGGGAGGGCUACGGAGAAUACAGCUGCGACAUCAUUAAUGAAGCCGGGGCAGGUCGCUGCAGCUUCCUUGUCACAGGGAAAGCCUACGCUCCGGAGUUCUACUAUGACACCUACAGCCCACUGUGGCAGAACCGGCCUCGCGUCUACUCUUACAAGCUGCAGUGGACCCAGAUGAACCCCAACGCGGUGGACCGCAUCAUGGCCUACCGCCUGGGAAUCCGCCAGACAAUAUGUGGAAAGAGCUGUAUGGCUGCGGAACACAAGAAGAUACCUCGGAGCCAUCAGACAGGGCAGCAGAGAUGGUGGGAACAAGAGAUACCUAUAGAGGGGAUGAUUCAGAAGGGGGAACUCAUCACCUACAACCUCACAGAGCUCAUCAAACCAGAGGCAUAUGAGGUGCGCCUCACCCCCAUCACCCGAUUUGGAGAGGGUGAUUCCACAAUUAGGAUCGUCAAAUACAGUGAGAUCAAAGGAGAUCCAGCUCCAAUCAACCCACAUCUCCGAGAGUUCCACUGCAGCUUUGAGGAGGAGCCCAUCUGCAUGUUCACGCAAGAGAAAAGCGAUGACUUUGACUGGACCAGACACAGUGCUGCCACUCGUGACACCAAGUACACGCCCAACACUGGGCCUAGUAGUGACCGUAGCGGAUCCAAGCAGGGCUUCUACAUGUACAUUGAGACCUCCCGGCCUCGCCUGGAGGGUGAGAAGGCACGACUCCUGAGCCCCACCUUUAAUGUGGCCCCAAAGAACCCGUAUGGAACAACCAAUUCUGCCUACUGCUUCAGCUUCUACUACCACAUGUAUGGAAAACACAUAGGAACACUAAAUGCGUACUUGCGGCAGAAGAGCCAGACCACAUCAGAGAGUCCUAUUUGGACGCUGAGCGGGAAUCAAGGAACUCAAUGGAGGCAGGCCAAAGUGACCAUACACCCAACAUCAUCAUUCCAGAUGGUUUUAGAGGGCAUACGUGGUCCAGGCAUUGAGGGUGAUAUUGCCAUAGAUGAUGUCACCAUUGAGGAAGGAGAGUGCAGUGAUCCUCCACCUAAUAAUUUGAGGGCCUCAGCCCUCCCUACAGCCACACAUAUAUGGCAGCUACUUGUCACCCUGCUCUUGGCGCUCUUUGUCCUUCGGAGGUGACCUUCCUCUGGCAGAGGCUGCAGGAGGAUCAACCUGGCACUGGCACUGAGAAGGAAUAUGCGCACUCGGACCUUCAGUUUAUAAUUACCAAAGAUUCAUCCAGUCAGACUGCUGAGAGGGACCGCAGCGCAACCUAGGGCACCAGAGGGAGUUGGCGAAAAGGGAAAAUGAAGAGAAAACAAAACUAAAAACAGUAAUAAUGAAGAUUCUAUUAUUUUUAAAGAAAUAUAUGCAUAAUGCUGUCCCAGGGCCGGGAUUGAAAGUUACUUAUUGACUCUUUUUUCGACAGUGAUUUGUUUUUUUGAAUUAGGGCAGUUGAUCUCCCGCAGCCUGACGGGUAGACAGAACACACGCAAAAGCUGAGUCGAAGAAUCUUUGUAAAGCACAAAGACAUGGCUGGGUUUUAUUCAAUAAAACCUUUUUUUCUUUUUUCUUCGUUUUACACAUAUAUAUAUAUAUAUAUAU